AUGGCUCUUCAAUUGCUCGUCAACGCUGGCCUGCUGGCCCUCCCAAUUGGUGGCUCUGUUGGAACUCUCAUGGGUAUUGACGCACACCGUCAAGCAACAGGACAGCGGCCUCUCUUCUACAAUGAAAUCGGUAAUGAUGGAAGUACCUCUCGCAAUGGUGUUACCAACACACGAUACUGUGAUUUGUUCAAUCCUAUUUCACCGAAGUCAAACGGCCAACUUUACACAUUGAACCCCAACCAGUGGGGUGUGACAGACAAAACAGUAGGAGGAUUGUGUAUGAAUGUCACCACCAUUGCCAAUGGCUCCUACCCGACUAUGUCAACAGCACCAGAGUUUUCUGUGACAUGGAGAUUCGACCAGGAAACCAAGGACCAGACAGUGCACGCCUUCCCGAACGUCCAGGUUGACAAUGUUCUUCCCGCUUCACUUGCAGAUAUAGAGCACCUGAACCUCGAUAUCCAUUGGACAUAUGCAAUGGGCAAUAAAACCGCGAACAGAACGGAUGACGCGAAGUUCAAGGAUAUCAAUACCAACGUCGCUCUUGAUAUGUUCUUUGAUAGCGACAUCAAGGCCGCGAAGAACGUCUCCAUAGCUAAGUACGAAAUGAUGAUUUGGUUUGCGGGUUAUGGCCAGGCCAAACCAUUUGGGUAUGAAGAUGGUAUUGUCAAAACUAAAGACCUAAACGGCACGACCUUCCAACUGUAUACUGGCCAGAAUGAUCUUAAACAGGAGGUCCUGACGUGGUACGCAGCAAACACUACGGAGAAGUUUGAUGGUGAUAUUCUCCCUCUCAUCUCUGACCUAUAUCACCUAAACAAAGAUAUCGAAUUAUCCAAGAGUGACUAUUUGGGAGUUCUGAGUAUGGGUACUGAAGCGUUCUCCUCACAUUCCAACGUUACAUUCUGGAUGCCAAAAUUAUCUAUUGAUAUUCAGGGCCCUCCGACGCGCAGUAAUACGGCGGAGGCUUGA